AUAUUAUUGGAUCCCUGGAUAUGAGUUGUGAUGUCCUGAAGCUGGAAAUAAUUCAACAAAAAAUAGUUUUCAGCACUGAAAAUAUUUUUGGGGACUCGGAUAUUUCGAUUAAAAGUUGUUCGAAGAUGAUUGAAAACUAUCAUGUUCUUGCUCCGAUCUCAGCUAAAUAUAGACUCAGUUUGGUUAAGCAUGGGCUGAAAUCUCUAUCAUUCUCUGUGAAGGUGAGUGUAAGAGUGGACUCCAGGGAUAUCCUAUGUAUCCAGCAUAUGGUUCAGACUGAUGGAGAAGGCAAUGCCUACACAGAGUUUUACUGUGUGCCGGACAAAGAGGACUAGCCUCUCUGCCUGAACUACAUGAGCGACAUGAACAGGGAGAAGUUUAUCAACAAAACUAUUUAUUUUGAUUUUAGAUCUCAAAAUUAUGUAUUUCUAUCAAUAUAUAUAUGUCAUUGUUAAA